AUGAGCUCCGGUCCGCUAUAUCUGGGUUUCGACCUCUCGACCCAGCAGAUCAAAGCGAUUGUUAUCAAGUCAGACCUGGACGUCGUGUCCGAAGCCAAGGUCGACUUCGACGCCGACUUCGGCGCCAAGUACCAGAUCACCAAAGGCGUGCGCAUCAACGACGAUGAGGGCGAGGUCUACGCCCCCGUGGCCAUGUGGGUCGAGGCCAUCGAGCUCGUCCUCUCGCGGCUGAAGGAGAAGGGCUGCCCCAUGGGGGACAUCAAGUGCAUCAGCGGCUCGGGCCAGCAGCACUCGAGCGUCUACUGGAACGAGGACGCCGAGCCCGCCCUGAACGGGCUGGACAGCGGCAAGACCCUGAUCGAGCAGCUGGACCACGUCUUUGCGUACGAGUUUGCGCCCAGCUGGCAGGACCACAGCACCCAGAAGGAGUGCGAUGACUUCGAUGCCCACUUGAGCUCCGCCGAGAAGUUGGCCCAGGUCACGGGGAGCUCGGCUCAUCAUCGCUUCACAGGCACGCAGAUCCUGCGGAUGCGCAGAAGACGCCCGCAAGUCUACGACGCGACGGCGCGCAUCUCGCUCGCCUCGUCGUUCCUCGCCUCGGUGCUCCUCGGCACCAUCGCGCCGAUCGACAUCAGCGACGUGACGGGCAUGAACCUAUGGGACAUCGCAGCGCAGACGUGGAACGAGAAGCUGCUGGCCCUGACGGCCACCCCGAAGGGCGUCUCGGAAUUGCGCAGGAAGCUGGGCGACGUGCCCCUCGACGGCGGCGGCAGCCUGGGCGCGAUAUCGCCGUACUUCGUGCGGCGCUUCGGGUUCGGGGGGGACUGCCAGAUCGCGCCCUUCACGGGCGACAACCCGGCGACGAUCCUGGCGCUGCCGCUGCGGCCGCUCGACGCCAUCGUGUCGCUGGGCACCUCGAGCACGUUCCUCAUGAACACGCCCGGCUACAAACCGCACCCGAGCUACCACUUCAUGAACCACCCCACCACCGAGGGCCACUUCAUGUUCAUGCUGUGCUACAAGAACGGCGGGCUGGCGCGCGAGAAGGUGCGCGACAAGCUGCCCAAGCCAAAGUCUAGUGGUGACGAUGGGUCAGGUAGUACCGAUCCCUGGGCGACCUUCAACAAGCACGUCCUGGAGACGCCGCCGCUCAACAUCAGGAGCGACGGCGACACGGCCGACCUCGGCCUCUACUUCCCGCUGCCCGAGAUCGUGCCCAACGUCCGGGCGGGGACGUGGCGGUACACGUGCUCGGCCGGCGGCGACCCCAAGUCGCUCGCCGAGCACAAGGACCCCCCGUCGGACGACGCCAGGUCGGACUGGACGCCGCAGGCCGACGCGCGCAUCAUCGUCGAGUCGCAGGCGCUGUCGAUGCGGCUGCGGUCGCAGAGCCUGAUCACCCAGCCGGCGUCGUCGGAGAACCCGGACAACACGCCCUCCUCGCCGAACGGGGGGCCUAACGGGCUCAGCGGGCUCCCCGCGCAGCCGCGGCGCAUCUACCUCGUGGGCGGCGGGUCGCUGAACCCGGCGAUCGCGCGCGUUUUCGGGGAGGUGCUGGGCGGCGCCGACGGCGUGUACCGGCUGGACGUGGGCGGCAAUGCGUGCGCGCUGGGCGGGGCGUACAAGGCGGUGUGGGCGAGGGAAAGGGGGCCCGGGGAGAGUUUUGAUGAGCUGAUUGGGAAGCGCUGGCGCGAGGAGGACGCCGUGCAGAAGGUUGAUGAGGGAUACCGGAAGGGCUUGUUUGAGCGGUAUGGCGAUGUGGUGCCGGCUUUUGAGGAGAUGGAGAGGCGGGUUUUGGGGGUGGCUCAAAAUUGA